AUGGCAUCAUGCAACAACACCACCGUUCAGGACCAAAGAGAAACACCCAUACACCAAGACAUCUUAGAGACCGUAUUCUCUUACGUGCCACUCAUCCACCUCGUCUCAGCUUCUCACGUGUCACAUGCCUGGAGCCGUGCGGUCUCCACCUCCCUCCGCCACGUCAACCCCAUCAAACCCUGGCUCACGCUGCACUUCCAGAACCGCCGUGCACCGCACCUCAUCAACACCUUCGCCUACGACCCACGCUCCCGCGCCUGGUUCCAAAUUCACGCGCCGCAUCCCACCCACACUUCUGCGCUACGCGCGUCGCACUCCUCACUCCUCUACACGCUCUCUCCCAGUGAGUUUGCCUUCUCCCUUGACCCCCUGCACCUCCACUGGCACCACGCGGUCCCCCCUCGCGUCUGGCGUAUCGACCCCAUCGUCGCGCGCGUGGGAGCCCGCAUCGUGGUAGCGGGAGGCGCGUGCGACUUCGAGGACGAUCCCCUGGCGGUGGAGAUCUACGACACGGAGUCCCGCACGUGGACCCGGUGCCAGUCGAUGCCGGCGAUUCUGAAGGACUCCUCAGCUUCCACGUGGCUCUCGGCGGCCGUCGCCGGAGAGAGGAUGUACGUGAUGGAGAAAAACUCCGGCGUGACUUACUCGUUCGAUUGCAACACGAUGACGUGGCAGGGCCCGUUGGAGCUGCGUCCGAAUCGAAGCGUUUUCCACUGCGUGAUCGGAGCGAUACGCGGUGGUUUAAUGGUGGCGGGGAUGGUGGGGGAGGCGGAGAACGUGAAGGAGGUGAAGUUGUGGGAAGUGAAAUGGGGAGAAGCGUUGGGGAGUGAAUUAGGGCAUUGGUGUGAAGAGUUAACCACGAUUCCGAAGGAGAUGACGGUGAAGAUUAUGGGUGAGGGUGGGGGUUCCAUUGAGGUGAACUGGAUUGGGAAUUCUGUGUAUUUUCAGAAUCGUAGAGAACCGGAGGAGAUUGUUGUGUGCGAGGUUGCGAGUGGCGGAGGGUGUGAGUGGGAGAGCGUGAGCAACGUGACCGUGAGUGAUGUGAGUCGCAUGGGGAGAACAGUGUUUUGCGGAGCCCAUGUGGGGCUUGAAGACUUGAAGAGGGCGAUCAAGAAAAAUUGUGUGUUUGUGGAAAAAGUAACAGAUAAAUUUAAGGAUGGGUAA